ACAAACAUGUGCAUUUUUUCAUAAAUUUGUUUUAUUUUUAAUUUAAUUCAAACAUUUCAACAUGACAACUAUUAAUUUGGAUAAAAAAAUAAGAAGAAAACAAAUCCGUUGUCGUGCAAUUGUUUCAAAUGAAACACAAAUUCCCAUUUCCGAUGAUCCAACUCUUUUCAUUGGCAUUUGUAAUGCUGGACUUAGCACUGGCCUCACCGAAGACUCUAUUAUUCAACAAACACAAAAACAUGGUAAAGUUUCAAAACUAAUUAUGAUACCAAACAAAUCAUAUUGUUUUCUUCAGUUCAAUGAAGUUCAGGAGGCUAUAAACGUCUUUCAAAGUAUGCAUGGCCAAGCUGAACUUGGCCAAAAUUCAACCGUAAUAUACAUGUCAUAUUUCAAAGACAUUCCUAAGGCUGAAAAUCCAUUGGAUAAAGAAUUGCCUCCUGGAACAAUUUUAAUUGAAAAUUUUGUUACCCCUGACGAAGAAUCUGUUCUUUUAGCAUCCAUCAACAAUGAUUCGCCAAUUGUUGUUGUUGGUUCACUUAAAAACAGAUCAGUCAAACAUUUUGGCUAUGAGUUUCUUUACGGAUCAAAUUUAGUUGAUCCCUCGAAACCUCUCGAAACUAAAAUUCCAAAAGAAUGCGAUAUUCUCUGGGAAAGACUCGGACAAAAACAACCCUCUCUCAAAUCUUUUAAACCUGAUCAAUUGACAGUGAAUCAAUAUAUGCCUGGUCAUGGGAUUCCGCCCCAUGUCGAUACCCACAGUGCAUUUGAUGAUCCAAUAUUGUCAUUGUCUCUAGAGAGUGACGUUGUUAUGGAUUUUCGAAAAAAUGGCCAACGUGUUUCGGUUCUACUGCCACAACGUUCAUUAUUAAUAAUGUCUGGUGAAUGUCGUUACGACUGGACACAUGGCAUUACACCACGAAUUAUGGAUGUUAUUAAAACGCCAAGUAAUAAUUUGACAACUCAGCUUCGUAAUAAACGAACUUCUUUUACAUUUCGAAAAAUUCGAACUACACCAUGCAAUUGUAUAUAUCCGACUUUGUGUAAUAGUCGAGAAGAAAAAACAUCAUUCAAAUCGAAAGAACUUGUGGAAAAUCUGGCUAAAAAAGUGGAAGAAAUGAAUGUUCAUAGUAUUUAUGAAAAAAUUGCUAAUCAUUUUAGUGAGACAAGACAUUCGCCAUGGCCAAAUGUUGCUGAAUUUUUGAGCUCAUUUCCAAUUGGCUCAGUUAUUAUUGAUAUUGGUUGUGGCAAUGGUAAAUAUUUGUCAAGCAACAAAGAAACUCUUCAAAUUGGUUGCGAUCGAAGUUCUGGCUUGCUUAAUGUUUGUUCUUCCAACAAACAGCAUGUAUUCAAGUGUGAUUGUCUAUCGGUUCCAAUACGGUCUUCGACAGCUGAUGGUGUCAUAAGCAUUGCAGUUAUACACCAUUUAGCAAGUGAGGCACGUCGACUGCAAUCAAUUAAUGAAAUGGCAAGAGUUCUUCGUACCGACGGAACUGGACUUAUUUACGUUUGGGCUAAAAAUCAAAAAGCCAAUUCUAAGAAAUCAUCAUACCUACGACAAAAUAAAGCUGUUAAUAAGGGAAAAAUUUCCGAAGCUGAACAAAGACAAAAGACCCAAGCUGAGAGUCAAGAAAUCAAUUUGGAAAUUGAUAUACAACUUCCGGUUCAUACAAAUCGCACUGAAUUUCUAGAACAAGAUGUUCUUGUGCCGUGGAAAUUGAAGUCGCAAAAAAAACAACAAGAAGAAAAUAACGAUAAAUCAUCAUCUACUUUUCUGAGAUUCUAUCAUGUUUUCGAAGAAAACGAAUUGGAAAAUCUUUGUAAAAAAGUUCCCAAUAUUGUAAUCGAGAGGAGUUUUUAUGAUCAGGGUAAUCAUUGUAUUGUUUUUAGGAAACUUAAAAAAAAAAGUGUUGACAACUAGAACUGUAAAUAAAUUUUCUAAGAAAUAAAACAACCAAUCAACUGGUUUUUAAACAACAAAGAAAAUAAGAAAAGGAUUUGGAACUCAAAAUCUAAGGAAUGACCACACUGG